CGCACAUUAGCUGGUGAAACAAUGGGUAGUUCAUUUAAUGCUCAGAUAUUAGUUGAGAAGCUUGCUAAGCUCAACAAUUCUCAAGCAAGCAUAGAGACUCUAUCGCAUUGGUGUAUCUUUCACAUGAACAAGGCGAAACAUGUUGUGGAAACAUGGGGCACGCAGUUUCACUGCUCCCCGCGUGAGCAACGAUUGGCCUACUUGUACCUUGCGAAUGAUAUCUUGCAGAACAGUAGGCGGAGAGGCUCAGAGUUUGUAGGUGAGUUCUGGAAAGUACUCCCGGAGGCUCUUCGUGAUGUGAUUGAUAAUGGUGAUGACUUCGCAAGAAAAUCUGCACGUCGAUUGGUUAAUAUAUGGGAAGAAAGGAAGGUUUUUGGAUCUCGUGGACAAAUUCUCAAAGAAGAAGUUCUGGGAAAGCAGCCUGAAAAUGGAACCAGAAACGGAACGCUCGUGCCACUAAAGCUUACUGUUCAACAGAAACUGGCAAGUGGAACCCCGCUGGAGAAAGUAGUGUCUGCUGUUGAAGCUCUUCACGGCGUUCAGGUUGACGAGGAUGUUGUUGUUGGGAAAUGUACCAAUGCUGCUGCUUACCUUGAGAAAGCAGCGCAGGAAAUUGAGAGAGAACUUAGUUCAGGACACACCCCUGGCCCCGCGGUGGUAAAGGAAGUGCAAGGACAACAUGCCAUACUAAGAGACUGCAUCGAGCAGCUAGGGGCAAUGGAGACAUCCAGAACAAGUCUUGUCUCUCAUUUGAGAGAGGCUUUACAGGAACAGGAACUCAAGCUGGAGCAAGUCCGCAACCACCUUCAGACUGCUCGGUCUCAAUCAGACAGAACUGGUGAUCUCUGCAAAAAACUUCUAGACCAUGGUGGUAGUUCACAGCCUCCAGCUACGGAAAAAGAGGAGUCAAAAGAUGCCAUCAAAGUUUUAUCCGCUGCAGCAGCAGCACCACCACAAACCUUCACACACAGUGAUGUGGAACAGUCUGCACCGGUUAUGUUUGCUCCAAACCCACCAACACACAGCGAUGUGGAACAGUCUGCUCCGGUUAUGUUUGCUUCAAACCCACCAACUCAAUCAGCGGUAGACCCAAGAAAAACCGCAGCCGCCGCAGUCGUAGCCAGGCUAACCGCAUCAACCUCCUCAGUCGAGAUGCUCUCGUACGUUCUCUCCUCCUUAGCCUCUGAAGGCAUCAUCGGAAACAACCCACCUGCUGUAACAGAAACUCCAUCAUCCGACGAUUACCCGCCAGAGAAAAGACUCAAGCUUGAAAACCAUGACCAGUCGUAUCUCCAACCGCACCAACAGAACACUGCAACAACAUCUACAGUCACCGCCUCUCCACUACCGCUUCCUCCACCACCACCACCACCGUUCCAGCUUCAAUCUCAGUUCUUGCAGCCGUUACAGCCUCCCGGGCCUGUAAACCACACACCGUUCAACUACACCAUAGCAACCACUGCUGCAACCACGCAGCAACAACAACAACAGCAACAACCACAAGGCUCUUGGGUUCCUGGGCUCGCUGCAAUUCCAACAACCUCUGCACCAUCCGACAGUUCAUACCAGAAUCUUCAGGGACAAGAUGGCUUCUAUGCCAUGAACUCAUCAGUCUCUAUGACACCUGUUACCCGGCAGUAG